CAAGAAAACUUGCGCAUAAAGCAAAACAAAAAUUAAAAAUAGCCAAACCAAAAUCAAAAAUGAAAAGUGCAGUGUAGGCUAUGGCCACAAAAAUACCAACAACAACAACAGCAACAACAACAACAACAAUAUGUAACCAAUCAAUGGAGUUGAACCCUUAACUAAAAAUAGCAUUAAAACUUACAAACGUGUGUCAAGAACUUGGCAACGGCAGCGGCAACAAGUGAAAAUUCGACUGCGCGUUGGUCUAAAUAGCAACAACAACAACAAGCAGCAGCAGCUAAGAAGUGAGCAGCAGCAAUAGGCGCAACAAAUAUUGCUGAGUUAGCGGCAACAGCUCGAUGUUGUUGAUUCUACUCGCAGUUAUCAUGAGAUUCGUUGACAUUUCCAAGCUGCAAUGGCGGCAACGCUGCUCGAUCUGCAACAGCAAUACCGAGUGCACGCACUACAACAAUAACAGCAACACAGAUGCCAAUGGCAACAUGCCUUGUUGGCAACAUGUUGCUUAUAGCAGCAACAGCAGCAGCACUAGCAGCGGCUGUGACAGCAGCUGCAGCUCCAAAGAGAAUUUCUAUGCACCACAGCAGCAACAGCAGCAACAAUACGGCGUAACUGCGCAGCAACUGCAGCAAAUACGUUACUAUGAACGCCUGCAGCAGCAACAGCUGCAGCUGCUGCAACAACAAUUGCUGCAGCGUCGUCUACAGCAGCAACUGCUGCGCGUUCAAGGCGUGCCCGCACCAGCAGCAGCAGCAACAACAACCAGCGGCGGUCUAACCUGCAAUCAACAGUAUUUAAUACAGCAGCGAUUGCAGCAGCAACAGCAACAGCAGCAAUAUUGCCAAAAUGCUGCCAACAACAAUGAGAACGAUUAUUUGAACAACAAUCAAAGCCACAAACAUCAACAACAAGCAAACGUAGCUCAAGGCUUAAAACUUCGACGUGGCAUGACCGAAUUCUCAACAAUUAACAAUAGGAACAACAUCAGUAGCAAUAGCAGCAGCAACAAUCAUAUCAAAUUGCUUCAAAAUUCACCCGCAACUCAUUAUCAUCAUACACAGCAUACUGCGUUUAAUCCAUCAGCUAACCCCACAACUCCAACACAACAACAACAUUUGCUUAAUCGCUUGGCUCCGCAGCAACACAACGGCAACACGGCUGCCCAAUUUGAAUACGAAUCCGCCGCCUACAGGCAACCGCAGAAUAGUCCGAGCAGCGUGCCGCAUGCACCGCUUGCUGGUAAUAAGCGCCAUCAGCAGCAGCAACAACAGCUGAACGAUCGCUUGCUGCAGCAGCAACAUCUGCAGCUUUGCCAGCAACAGCAGCUACAGUUGCUCAGCUCAGUGGAUGCCAAUGCCGCUGCCGCUGCCGAGCGAGCUGAGCUGAGCGAGGAGAGUCUCAAGCAGAAUGUUGCCAUUGUGCUGAGCAAUUUAGAGCGCUACAACAGCACAUUGCGUAGCAUAAUCCUGAACGAGCAGCUGAGCAGCAAUUGCGACAGCAGCUUGUUUCUCUGCGACGACGACGACGUCGACAACAGCAGCAGCCAAACUGACAACAACAAUCACGACGUUUGGUUUAACAAUAACAACAACAACAAUAACAAGCAGCGUGUGCAAGCAAUGGCAGCAACAACGGUAGCAGCGGUGGCUACGCCGGAAUCCGAUUACAACAGCAAUGCAACAACGCCAGCGGGCAAUCGCAGCAGCAGCGAACAGCAGCAACAACUUGGGGUAGGUGGCAUGCUUUGUGGUGGUGGUGGUGGUGCAGUUAGUGUUGGUGGUGGUGUUGGUGGUGCUUGCGCCAAUGUUAGUGGCUCUGGUGUUGGUCUCAACUGUUCGCUAGCCUCAUCGCAAGAUUUUACUCACGACAAUUCCGAUUAUCAGUGGUUCCUGGACUACGGCUAUCGAGAUGGCUGCGGCGGCAUGCAGCGCAGCGUGCUUAGCUGUUUAUCCAACAGCUUUAAUAACUAUGGCGAUUUGAUCUACAACGAUGAUCUGGCCAAGAAUCUGGAUGCCAAUCUAGCUGAAGUGGAUAUGGAAAGCUUUCGAGCUGAGGACAUACACUCGUUGCUAUCGCAGCUGCCAGCGUAUUGCAAAACGCUGGGCGCACUCAACAGCAGCCUGCAGCAAUCACUGCUGCUGCAACAACAACAGCAGCAACAGCAGCAACAGCUUUACAACAUGCACAACAUGUCGCAAACAUCAACAACAUCAACAAACGAGCUCAUUGACAACUCGUUCUGCAAGUCCGAGCUGCUGUUUUCGCCUGUCAAGGAGUCGCACAUUUCCGUAGAUUCGCUCGACAUGGAUGCAUAUCCGGAGGAGGGCGACAUAAUACUCACUUGCAAUAAGGAUAACUAUACGAUUGCGUUUGAGGGCAGCGUGCUCUACUCCGAUGACAGUUUCUAUGAGCCCGCAGAUUGCGCAUUGCGUAAUAAACAAAACUGCAUUAAUCUGCAUAGUAAUCUGGAUGAAAUUGUUAAGCGUAACAAAGCGCUGGAGGUGUCCAUGUCACGUUCAGCGCAGUCCUUUCAGCCCACAGCCAAUUGUCGCUCACCGAAGACUACAAAGCAACGCACACAGCUGCAGCGACGCUCGUUUCUUCUUUUAUCGCCCGCACACCGCAGAUAUCCCUCGGGCAACAACAACAAUGCUGGAGCAGCAGCAGCGCCUGCCAUGGAACUGAUAACCAUAACGCGUCAUUUGCCGCAGUGCAGUGUGCGCAAGAGCAGCAGCUUACCCAAUCUGCAAAGCGAACUAACAGCGGAGCAGCAACAGCAGCAGCAGCAGCACGAGCAGCAACAGCAGCGUGAGGAGCCGCUGAAUGUGUCACAAGCGUUAAGCACAUCAAACAUGGAGACUUGCACAUCGCGUAUACGUAAUUUGCUGCCAAUGUGCCAGAUGCCCAUAUCGAUAAGCGCUUCCAUUAGCGAGCGUUUGCAGCAACCGCAAGCAGAGCAGCAGCAAACGCACAAGAGUCAUCAUCAGAGUCGCCAUAAGCAGCAGCAGCAGCAGCAGCAACAGCAGCAACAUCGCUGCAGCUGCGCGCAAAGUCAAAACUCAGGCUCUGCCUCUUCGGGCAAUUCCAAUCCGGCCGCCUUUAAUCUAGUCAAGAUGUUUAUGAAGCAAAAGAGCAGCAACAGCAACAGCAGCUGUGCGCCAGAUGAAGCGCAAGCAGCCAGCGGUUUAACCUGCAUGGAUGUGAGCUCAGGUUGUUGGCCCUCCAGCGAUGGCGCUGGCGUGGGCUCUAGCUGCAGCAGCAGCUCGCUGGAGAAGCGUCUACGCAAGAAGAGCAUGCACGACUCGGGCAAGGGCUCGGCUGUGAGUCGCCACGACGAGGAGGAGCUGCUGCAGCAGGAGCAAGUGACGCCCAAGCGACGCAGCUUAGCCUGCGGCAGUUCGCCGGCAGCGCAGCGACGUCGCAGCAUGCCGCUGCGCAAUCCACAGCUAACGCAGCCAGCGGCAACGCACUGCAGCCAGCAAUCCUCGGAGGCAAGCAACUCGGAGCAGUUGACACAAAUAUGCAAACCGCUGUCAUGCGCCUCCAGCUCCGAGAUGAUAACACGCUCCAUACAAACCUCUUGCGGCUCGCUCAGCACGCACAGCAAUUUGAGCUCGCGCUAUCGCUGCGUGCCGCCCUCGUUUCUGGCCAAGCUGCAUAAUCUGGGCGAGCAGCGUGAGGCGCCCAUCUAUGUCAUCUAUCCCAACUAUGCGCUGCCCGAUCUUGGCUUUGUGCAAACCAGCAGCAGCAACGAUGUCAUCUUCUCGCCUUUCAACUACAAGAUGACCAUGGAGAGCGCCGGCGUCGCAGCGCGCAGCCAGCAGAGCUUGAAUGAGGAUGAGCUGCUGCGCAAUUUGGACACCGCACACAUUGAAGACUGGCAGUCGCUGGCUACACUGCUGCCGCAGGAAUAUCGCCGGCGUCUGCAGCAUAUUCCAGAGCUGCGCAAGCUUAGUCCACAGCUGGACACGGAGCAAUCGCAGCGUCCGUUGUUCUGCAUGUCGCCGCCAGUGCGUCGCAAUCGCAGCCAUGUAUGUGAUUGCGCCAAGUAUUUCCAGCAGCAGCAGCAGCAACAGCAGGAUGAAGCUUCCAGCUCGGGCUCCAGUCAGCCGCCCAGCUCUGGCUAUCGCGGCUCUUCCACGCUGCUCACCGACUCCGAAGUCGAAGCUGAUCCCUUCAAGCAAAUGUAUGUCUAUCAGUAUGAGCAGCAGCAGCAGACGACGCCACAGCAGCUGACGACGACGACGACGCCACCGCAGCCCAUGCCACGUGGCAUUCUGCGCAAGGCCAAGCGCAAUUCGAUGAUUGAGCCCAAGCAGGCGUCACAUCAGCAGCUGUCCAAGCUGGAGAAGCGACGCAGUCUGCAGGAGCCGCCGCACAACUAUGCGCUGGGCUCCACCGAUGAGCUGGCCGAGGUCUUCGAGGAGGCGGAGGAGCAGUCGCCACCAGUGGCUGCCAAGCAGCGGCUUUCACGCAAGGAUUUGGAUGCGCGUGCGCGUGCUGAGAACUUCUUGGCCUCACUGCCGCGCUCCGAGCUUAAGUAUUACGCCGAAAUUGCAGCCAUACUCGAGUCCAGCACUGGCUCCGCCGAGGGCGUGCAAUACGAUGCUGCGGCGCUGAAGAAGGAAGUCAGUCGUGUGCUCAGUCAGCAGAAGAAGGUCUCGUUCAAUGAUGUGGGUGCCGAGCUGCUGGCCAAACGCUUCAGCACGCCACCCAAUUCGCCCAACAUUUCCAUGCCGUCGCUGCAGCGACGUGAGACGCUCGACGCGCACGAGCAGCGCAAGAUUGAGAGCAAUCGCUUCAAGCGCUUGCAAAUCCAAUGGGAGCUCAUGAGCAAGGACUCGAGCAUGCUCAAGGAGCUGGCCAAUGAGCAGGCAACCAAAAGCGGCGGCUCCACGCCCACCUCAAGCGCAGCAGCUGCCAACUCGCCGCACUCGUCACAAAAGUCACGCAUUCCAAGGCCUGUCAGCUAUCCAGCGGGCAGAAAGUCCACGCCUGAACCCACACGUGCUGCUACUCCAGCCAAGACUGUAAAUAAAAAUGCUAAUCUAAGCUCCCCGCAACUUUGUAGAGUCAGCAGCGCGCAGGAUGUGGGCAGCGCUGGCAAAUGCGGCACACGCUCGCCCAGCCGCAUGGUGCAGCCCAAGCGCUAUAGCAUAGCAACCACGCCCACAACGCCUACUUCAUCGACAGCAGCGGGACGUGCGCGUACGCCCAAUAGUCGACCCAGCACGGCAAGCACUCCCAAGCGUCAAGCUGUGGCGCCCACGUCCUCCAGACCAACAUCACGCGUGCGUUAAGGACAUACUGUGUGAGCAGGCUAUUAACCCAAUUGGCAUUAGUCAGCCAACAAGUAGAGCCUGCUGCACUGCAAAGGAGCGAGGAACAAUGCGACAUUGUUGUGAACUUAGCUUAAGCUUUUGCCUGCGGAACUGCUUAGACGCGCUGCUGCUUUUUGGUCGUGAUAUCCUUCCUCUCUCUACAUUUAAUGAAGCUGUCUCUCCAGCCAAGGCCAACGGACCAGUGACAAGUUGCAAUUGCUAGUAUUUUUUGAAUUGAUUUUGAAUCGCAGCAGUAGCAGUUAGCUAAUAUUUCUUUUGUACCACUAUACAAAGCAGAACAUACACGAGAACUGUAUGUUUCAAAUUGAUGAAAACAAAUAUUUUGAUGUAUAUACAACACAGACAAACAGUCAGAACCGACAUAUAUGCUUAACGUUGUUAUUACCAAUUGGCCUAAACAUAUGGCAAGCUGCAAACUUACGACACAACAAAUCUAUGAAUUGUAUAAAGUAUUUAGUGUAGCCACUAAACAGCGCAUUCAUUUAAUACACACACACACAUAUAUGAUAUAUAUAUAUUUAUGAAAUCAGUACACCCAUAAUAUCUUAUAUAGACAAGAACUUAAUUAUGUAACCAUAUGGAAAAAGCUCAAAAGAAGAUAUUUGAUAACGGCUUAAGCUGCAUACAUAUAUAUGUAAUUUAUUUGUUUUGUUUGCAAUAUGCUUAUUGAUAAUGAUGUAAAGUUGUGCGCUGGCCUUUAAUUUGUUAGCGAGAAUUUACUCAAAGCGCUGCUUCAUUUUUAUGUUUUAUUCGCUUUUAUGUUGAGAACUUGGUUGAUUUUUUUUAUUACAUUGCUUUUUGGCUUCCUUUAAGUUAUUUACAAAUUGUAAAAUACCUAUCUAUACUAUAUACUUUAAUACUAUUAAUACUCCUACUAUGAUUUAUAUCUUAUACGGCAAAAGAAAAUGCACACACGCUUUUCAUUACCUAAUGUAAUCCUCUGCUGUCUAAGCCUUAAGUUAAUCACUUUUGUAUUCUUAAUUGUAUAGCUAAUUUUAUUGUAUCAAAAGCAGAAUAAAAACAUAUUGUAUUUGCGGGAGAAUAUAUCACAUAAAGGAUAUGCAAAAUAUGAUUACUAAUUUAAAACAAGGCGAACAUUAAGCAGAAAAUGUAUAAAACACAAAAAAAAA